AUGACUACCAUCUACCUCUGUUGUUGGUGUUUGGUUUACAGCUAUGGGUCCUUCAGUGAAAAGCAGCAGACACACGUGCUGAACACCGGAGACGGGGUCCCAGCGGCAAGAGUGGCCCUCAGUCUACACCGCCUGGACCCCCGCAUGGCCAUCUGGAACCUCAUGACUAUCGGGAACACAAAUGAGGAUGGACGCUGUCCAGGACUAAUAACCAGCGAUGGCUUCACUCCAGGAAUGUACAAGAUCCGCUUUGAGACGGGCCAGUACUGGGAGAGUUUGGGACAGUUCAGCUUUUGCCCAUAUGUUGAGACUCUCUUCACUGUUAGUGAUGCUGAUCAGAGCUUGCAUGUGCCACUGCUGGUCAGCAGCUACUCAUACAGCACCUACAGAGGGAGCUAGUGAGCAGCCAACGAAACAGUAACACUGGACUCGGCAAACAGUGUUUGCAUUUGUC